AAUUAUGUGCGGUAUAUUUGCCUGUUUUUGUGAUCAUAGUUUGAUAACCAAGAUCAAUAAUAACGAAUCGAUUCGGCAUUUUCUGUGCCGCAGAGGUCCCGACCAGUUCGCCAAACUUCAGAUACCUGUCGGUGGAGCCGAUUAUCAUUCAGGACUACAGCUAUGUCUGAUGAGUUCGGUUCUACAGUUACGCGGCGGACGCGAACCGUGCGAUCAGCCGCURAUGGACUCCGUCGGCAAUGUAUUGCAAUGGAACGGUCAGGUAUUUGCCGGCAGUAUGACUGUCGACGAUAGCGAAUCAGAUACCGAAGCCAUGAUGCGCGAACUGGCCAACUGUUUGACCGAUGCGGAAAUGUUGGCCAAACUGUCCCGGAUAUGCGGUCCCUGGAGUUUUACGUACUGGGACUCAAAUCGCCGCCGCUUUUGGUUCGGCAGAGAUCUGCUGGGACGCCGUAGUCUGUGCUGGAAUACCGAUGCCCGGGAUCAGGUGCUUAUCAUUAGUUCAAUCAGUUAUUUCGAGUCGGAACCGGCUCGCGAGUGGUCAGAAAUACCGGCCAACGGUGUCUAUUGUUUGGAUCUAUCAGCAGAUCGUCCGCUAAAAGAUACCAUUGCCGACAUCAGACACUAUCCGUGGAAUCGGCAAAUUUCGGGYACCGAAAUAAUCUCCUCCGCCAAUGAUGUAUCGCUGACACUGAAAUCACCGAUAACUGUACCACUGAAUCGAUUGUCUCAGCCGAUCGAUUCAGAUGACCAGCAAAUACCCGAACAAGUGAUCAAAGGUUUUAUCGAAGUUCUGCGGCAAUCGUUGCGACGCCGGUGUCAUAAUCAGCAAACACUGUGCAAGAAAUGUUUUGCCCGUACUAUGGAUGACACCGAAAACGGUUUGACUACCGAUGACGAUGGCGGUGAACUKGUGGCCGAAUUUUCAUCCGAUAGCGAGGGCGACAUUCUGGGAACAUCACCCAUACAGCAGGACAUGUUGAUCAAUAAGAUGUUGAACAGUCGACAGCGAAACAAGGAGUGUACACACGCUUCGACAGCCAUACUGUUUUCGGGUGGUCUGGACUCGACAAUCAUUGCACUGUUGGCCGAUGAAUGUGUACCGCCGGCUCUGCCGAUUGACCUGUUGAACGUUGCCUUCGACAACGAUGCACCCGAUCGGGAAACCGGACUGAAAGCUUGGGACGAACUGAAAGCAUUGCGACCGAAUCGGCGCUGGAAUUUCGUGUCCAUCUAUGUCUCGAAAGAAGAACUACAGACUAUGCGCGACAAACAUAUCAAGUAUUUGGUUAAACCGUCGCAAACGGUACUCGACGACAGUAUCGGUUGCGCCAUUUGGUUUGCCGCCAACGGUCGCGGUCUACUAAUGGAAGAACAUAUGGUUACGAAAGUCUACGAAACGCCCGCCCGAGUAGUACUGUUGGGUAUGGGAGCCGACGAACAGCUGGCCGGCUAUACCCGCCAUCGGCGUGUAUUCGACAAACAAGGCCUCAGCGGUCUGAUCGACGAAAUUGCACUCGAAUUGGAUCGAUUGUCUUCGCGGAAUCUGGGACGCGACGAUCGGGUGGCCAGCGAUCAUGGCCGCGAACCACGGUAUCCGUUUCUCGAUGAAGAUGUUAUCAACUUUUUGAACGGUAUACCCGUUUGGCAUAAGUGUGACCUACGUCUGGAUCGUAGUACUGGCGAAAAACUACUGUUACGUCAGGUGGCCGAYCGAUUAGGACUGUGCCGUACAUCCCAUCAUCUGAAACGGGCCAUUCAGUUCGGGUCACGUAUUGCCAAAAUCGAGGAGUUCCGCGAAAARGGCGAAGACGUGUGCACCCGAUUGACCAGUUAGUCACUCAGGUGGUGGGGGCGCGGGAUCGGGUYGCGGGAA